AUGUCAGUCGAGUAUAGCAAUUUGAACAAAGCAAAGAGGACGAGGAGAAGCAAGGUAAAAAGCUUCAUGGAUAGGCUUCCAUACUACUUCAGCCAUGUCAUCCUGAUAUCAACCUGGAUAAUGUUUAUGCUCUUUAUCACCCUAGGCGAAGUAUUGCUGAAACGAAGAGAGAUUGGGAGAUUUGUGGAACAAUCGAUAUUGUACAACUCCCUACUGUUUUUAACGCUUAUAUCGUUGGCGACAACUGCGAGUCGAUCGCCCGGUGUACCGGAUCAGUCACUUGCGCCGCCUAUCAAACAAUUGCAAGACCAAGGUAUUCGAUCGGGUCGCUCAGGAAAUCAAUUAAUACAGAAGAAUGCAAUGGAAGAAUAUCCACCGGAAGAAGAUAUCGAUGAUGAUGAUGAUAAUGUCCCAUUGAGAUAUCUAAGAAAUGCACAAUGGGUCAAUACACGAAUUGGAAAAGAUAGACCAUCUCCCUUGCCUUUACCAAACACACGGACUCAUCCUCCUCCUACUGGAAUAGAUCGAACAGAGGAAGAAGGAGGAGAAUAUGAAAGUGCAACUGAUUCAGAUUCCGGAUCCGAAUUUUCACCUUUCCCACUCAGCGCCAAAAGCCCUUUCGUACCCUCCACAGCUGUAGAUGCAGGGGAAGAUGAUGAAGAUGUACUUGAAGAUCUGCGUUUGACUUCUACUACCGAAGGUACAGAGGAUAUGUCAGCUUCAUUGUUGAGAAGUGAAAGUAGUGAAAAAAUUCGGGGAAGAAGUUUAAUGGCAAAGAGUAAUAACGGUGAAACUCGAUGGUGUAAGAAUUGUAAUGGCUGGAAACCUGAUAGAUGUCAUCAUUGUAGGCAUUGUGAGCAGUGCGUUCUGAAGAUGGAUCAUCAUUGUCCCUGGGUAGGAACAUGCGUAGGGUAUCAUAACUACAAGCCAUUCUUCCUGUUCAUCAACUACGCUUUGCUUUUGGCAAUCUACGCAACUUUCGAAGCGGGAUACGAAACAUAUCGAUUCUUCCAAGAUCCAUCUGAAGCAGUGCCCUAUAGAGCGGUACAGAUGGAGGUCAAUCAGACGCUAGAUACCGCUAGCAUAGCUGCCAACGAUAACUGGUCUGAAGGCUUGGGAAUAUCGCCAGCGGUGUUCAUGAUGUUGACUAUCAUGGGAGGAUUCAUGUCUUUAGCUGUCGGUGGACUGGUAGUUUUCCAUUGGUAUCUCGUUUUUAACAAUCAAACCACCUUGGAAAACAUAACCCAUUCCUACCCAUCUGCACUCCUCGACGAAACCCCCAAAGGCGCUCAGUGGAAAGCCGAUCACCUCCUCACUCGAUCGGAGAGAAACAGACUGAAAUGGGAAGCUAGGGAGAUAAACGUAUAUGAUCUAGGAUGGCGUAAGAAUCUUAAAAUCCUGUUUCUCGGCGAAGAGAAGGAUAUAACAAUGUUAGGAAUGAUCCAGGCGCUAUGGCCUGCAGGUCGACCCAGUAGAUAUGAUAGGAGAUCUGGUCAUUUCUUCGCUUACAACCCCCAUAAAUUCGAGGAAUUGAGAGACUUGACGAUGGAAUUGAGAUAUGGGGUCGUACCUGAGGGACAAAACAAGGAGAGAAGUAGUAUGGACAAUACAGUUGAUGGCGAUGAAGGUGAAGGUGUAGUUGAUCAAAGGUCACGAGACCAGCAUGACGAGGGGUAUGAAUUGGAUCAAGUGGCAGAAAAGGGGCUGCACGAAGGGGCAAGAGAAGAGAGACGAGGAAGGGAAGGAGAUGUCAAGUGGUUUGAGGUGUAA